AUCCGCCCUGAGGCAAGAUAGCAAUCUGAGUGGCGAUGUCUCGUGAGUCAAGUGAUACUGGUGUCAACUGCUUGUUAAUACUCAACACGGUCUGAUGCCAAACCGCCAAUAAAUUCAAAUAUCAUCCACUGUUUGUAGUAACAGAUGUCGCUUUCAAAUCGAGUGGAUUUUUAUGUUAAUCGACUUCGUUAAGUUACGUUCAGAAUCCGAUGUGGAAGAAACCGAGCGGAGGCAGGAAAAGGAGCCGCCACGGAAGCUGCCUCAAGUGGAGGACGAAGCCUUUUGAACGCCAGUGAUUCUGCCAUACAGCAUCGCCAAUCUACAAGACGACCGACAGCACCGUGGGGAUACUCGGCGUUUGGGAUAACAUCUACACACCUUUCUGUUUUCGAGAAAAAGAAAAUACAUUAAUUGGGUUGACGACAAAAACAAAGCCUGAGUAUCGUCUGGAGACUGGAAGGGAAACACAGCAGACAUCCAGACAAACCUUUCCUGCUUUUCAAGGAUGAACCACCUAUCCUUCAGCGAGCUUUGUUGCCUCUUCUGCUGCCCGCCGUGCCCCAGCAAGAUAACGGCCAAGCUGGCUUUCCUGCCCCCUGAGCCCACUUACAGCUUGAUGUGCGACGAGAGCGGCAGCCGGUGGACGUUACACCUGUCUGAGCGCGCCGACUGGCAGUACUCGUCCCGCGAGAAGGAAGCCAUCGAGUGCUUCAUGACGCGUACCUCCCGGGGCAACCGGAUCGCGUGCAUGUUCGUCCGCUGCUCGCCCAGCGCCCGCUACACGCUGUUGUUCUCCCACGGAAAUGCGGUGGACUUGGGCCAGAUGAGCAGCUUCUACAUCGGACUGGGUUCACGGAUCAACUGCAACGUCUUCUCCUAUGACUACUCUGGUUACGGCGCCAGUUCUGGGAAACCCUCCGAGAAGAACCUGUAUGCUGAUGUGGACGCCGCCUGGCAGGCACUCCGCUCACGGUACGGCAUCCGUCCAGAAAACGUCAUUGUGUAUGGCCAAAGUAUUGGCACAGUGCCUUCUGUGGACCUUGCCUCUCGCUACGAGAGUGCCGCAGUGAUCCUGCACUCUCCGCUCACCUCCGGCAUGAGGGUGGCCUUCCCCGACACCAAAAAGACUUACUGCUUCGACGCCUUUCCCAACAUUGACAAGAUUUCAAAGGUAGCCUCGCCGGUUCUGGUGAUCCACGGCACGGACGACGAAGUCAUCGACUUUUCCCACGGCCUGGCCCUGUACGAGCGCUGCCAGCGCCCUGUGGAGCCGCUGUGGGUCGAAGGGGCGGGACACAAUGACGUCGAACUCUACGGACAGUACCUGGAGAGACUCAAGCAGUUUAUCGCGCAUGAGCUGGUCAACUUGUAGAAGAUGGAAAAGCUGUCGAGAUAAUAUUGAUGGUUGUUUUGGUUCUGUUCUUAUUAUUUUCAUGGCAAUUUUUUUUUUUUUUUUUGCUAAGACGCAAACAUUGUUUGCCUCUGUGGAUGUGUUGGUGGUAGAAUGAUGAUGUUACCACCUGUGCUACUUGGAGCUCCAGUUCAGUCACGUCCACUCCACUGCAACUGUGAACCUUAAACAAUACACAAACUCAAACCUUAUUGUUUUAGCUUUUGUCUUUAGCCGUUUUUUGGUUUGUUUUUUUAAACACGCUGCACAAUUGCACAUUGCUACAGUAUGCGAAUGCAAGAGAGUAAACGACAUACUUGUAAAGAAGAGCCUGUGUACAAGUGUGUAUGUGACAUUUUUGCUGCCUUUUACAAAGGACGCGUUCCUCACUGAUUAAUGGAAACCUCCGACCAGGCCACAAGGAUCAUGACAUUGUUUCUAACAGCCUCGAUCCAAACUGGACUGUGCUCUCCAAUCCAGCUGAUGUUGAAUUAUUAGUAUUUUUUGUAUUAUUAUUAUUAUUAUUAUUAUUAUUAUUGCUGUUGCAGUACAUUAUACAUGAUAUUUGCACAUAUCAACUGUCACUGAAGAACUGUGUGGGACAAACUCCUGUGCCGGCCUGUGUUUCCAAGUGUUGAGUAGAAUAUAUCGCAAAGUGACAGACUCUCAGAGAUCAUGUCCACACUUGACUACGUCGUCGCCUCUGAUCUGAGUUUUUUUUUUGGGGGGGGGGGAGUUUAGCGUGCAAUGUAACGCUCAGAUUAGCAUCACUAUGCAGAAAUCUUGUCUUUUUAGAAGAACAUGUCAAGAAGACUGCUGAAUCUGAAAGUGUUCCUCUUUUUGUUUUUAGGAUGUUAAAGGAUCCAUAUCGAUAGAUUACAUUAAAUAUAUCGCUCAUAUUUCCUGAUAUAACUAUAACAGAUUUAGUUUGUCUUUUUUAGUAUGCUGCCGAAGACGUAUACCACUAACGCCCCCUAAGGCCUUUAGUGGUGCCUGUAGUCUAUUUAUUUCCUGUUCCGGAAUAUUAAAAAUGAAGAGGUUUUGUUUUCCUUCGAUUAUCUGAAAAGAGAUUGAAUGAACACCACACCUACUAACUUGCCAUGCAUGUACAUCGACAAUAAAUUAUGCCAUAGCUCGGCGUUCCAGGGACCCUUUUUGUGCUUUACUUUCACGCUCUUGCCUGCUUGCCAUUUUUGGUUCCAUUGUUGAUGGUUUACUUACCCUUUUAUCGCCGAACAAGGCCAAACAAGCGAUUUCAAUGCACUAAUGACUCCAUUCACUAUCAGAGCUGAGAUUAGCAAAUGUCACCAUUCACGCAAUGCCAUUUCUUCGUUGUUGUUUUUUGGCCUACAAGCCUGAAGUCAUGGCUGACGCUGGAUCAUGUUCAAGAUAUGGGUGCUAGUAGAACUCUUCAAAUCGACUGAUUCAGGAUUCGGCGUCUUAUCGGGUCCUGGGUAAUUUCUUUUACAAGACCACCGUUCAUUUCUGUCUAAGUAAGAGUACUCUUUAUUUUGUGCGCUUUGUAAAUAGGACAUAAUAUUACGCCUGUACUUUUUGUUCCUUCUAAAACCAAAUUGCCAUCAUCUCUGUUCUACAUUUAUACAUUAUGUGACACCUGUCAGAUCAAGGUACAGCCCUCAUUGUUUUCUACUGCUCGGCACUCAUUGUUUUCUACUGCUCAGCUCUCUUGGCAUCUCUGAUUCUGUUUUUUCUACCGCAUAUUUCGAUACAAAUGGGACUCAAACUGUAAUAACAAUAUUAACUUGAGUAAAUCAGAUGUGGCUAGUGAAAAUAAAAUGGUCAUUUAGAAGAA